UUUCUAUUCUAUAUUAUAUCUAGCUAGAGACUUGCCUAUUUUCAUAAUGUGAAUUGGUUUUGACGGACCAGUGACCAAAAUUAUUUUCUAUUUCGACUUGUAUCAUAUGUUUCCGUGUUUGUUCAGGUGAACAAUUGACUUGCCUUUGCAUGUGUUUGUGAGGGGGCCACGGGGAUGGAGUCUACCAAUGCCCACGGUGUUAAAUAAACAAAUUACUACCUUCCACCUUGAAAAAGGUGGUAUAGUUCUGCAUGUCAAUAUUAUUAGUCUAAAGUGGUAAUAGAUGUUUGGUAUUUUUUCUUAUUCAUUGGACAUUUCAGACAUAAAAUCACAGAGUCUCGGUCAAAAAAAGAACUCGUCCAUCAUGACUAAGUACCUCGUAACACGUCAAAACUGUCUUCAGUCCAGCUUGGAAAUGGUCUUUAAGUCUUGACAGCCUCUGGUCAACCUCACUGCUCCAACUUGUUUCAUGGAUUACAAGGAUGCAGUCGUUCAACAGUCGUAGUGCUGGUCAAGACUCCCUGUUGAAAUCUACAAUGCCCCGGCCGUCACACGUCAGCUUACGUAACCGCCCCGCACUGUAAACUGUUAGUUCAGAGGUGUUUCACUGUACAAGCAGACAGUACACGCUUGACUGACAUCGUCCAGGAGGAUAACCUUAUGUAACACGGAUGAGCAAACACGGCCAAAAAUUUGAACAAAACAUUUAUAUUAAACGUGGCCAACAACACAUUAUACAGUCUCGGUGCAACAUACGUGAGCAGACGAGUUCUGUUAGAUAUAGUGAUGGCAAAUCGCUGCGGUUCGUCCUUGUGGGGAGUGAGUGCCAGCACAACGAGGACCUCAGGAAAGCAUUACAGACAGUGGAGGAAGCUGAGGUGGUGAGCUCCCCGACCGGCCUGGAGUUUGUGCCGGAUGCUGGAGAGUAUGACACAGUGUUUGUGUUGUCGUGUUUCGAGGGGGACGUCUACAACAAGCUACACAAGGCCGAGGCGAGGAUACUGGGACCUCCGGCAAUCAUCAGAGCUGUCACAGCAAAUGAGGCCCUCCCUUACUCCAGCCGACCCCAGUUCUGCCCCUCCAUGAAGGGGGUGAUUGUGUGCUUCACUGGAUUCAAAGUGCGGGACCAAGUGUGCCACCUGGUGGAUCUGGUUCACCACAUGGCGGGCAGCGUGAGGAAGGACAUCAACACGAAGGUCACCCACCUGGUGGCCAACUGUGGAGGCAGUCAGAAGUACCGGUUCGCGGUGAGCGUCGGGAUCCCCAUCAUGAGCGAGGACUGGGUACACCGGGCGUGGGCGGAGCGAGAGAACACCGACCUGAAGGCCGACUGCAAGAAAAUGAUGUUGUACAGAGUGAAGCCGUUCUACGAGUGUUGCCUCAGCUUUCUGGGAUUCUCUAAGGAGGAGCAGAAGCACAUGGAAGAACUGACCAUAGAGAAUGGGGGCACAUAUGCAGCGCUGGGCAGUGAUGAAGCCACACACCUGGUUGUGGACGACCAUGCCGUCAAGGAAGUCCCCAUGGAUGUCACGCUACCUCUACAUAUUGUCAGAGGGGAGUGGUUUUGGGGGUGCAUCCAGAUGGAGGCGUGUGCGGACGAGGACAUCUACACUUUCCACAAGACGCUGUCCCACAACAAGCACACGUCCAACAGCAGCCUCGGCAGCACCAAGCUGGGGAAGAGGAAGAGGCUGAAGCAGCUGGCCGAUGAGGGGGAGGUGGAGUUCCUGGCACAGAAGCGCCGCUCCAGCGAUCUUGGUGGGGUGUCCAUGAGCCCUAACUCUUUCCUGGACGCCUCCCACACACCCGACAAAUCUGAUCUCAUUUCAGAUCAUAGUGCUGUAGAAAACGGUGAGAACCGAUUGCUCCUGUCAACAGGUUCCAGCAAGCCAUCACCACGGCAACAGGUGGCAAGAGAACUUUUCCAGACAGAAAGCAACUAUGUUGGAAUCCUGUCCACGAUUAUUAAUACGUUCAAGACGCAGAUCGAGAAGCCUGACCAGUACAAUGGACCUCUGCUGUCACCACAGGAGAUCAAGAUAAUCUUCGGCAACAUCCCUCCAAUCUACGAUGCUCACUGCAAGAUGAGAGCCAGGCUCCAAGAGAUCGUGGAAAACUGGACGGAGGAUGUGUACGUGGGCGAUGUAAUCCUGGACUAUGCUGAUGCUCUCACAAAGGCAUACCCUCCGUAUGUCAACUUCUUUGAGGACACCAAGCAGACAAUCAUCAAAUGUGACAAGAACAACCCCAGGUUCCACGCCUUCCUCAAGGUGUGCCUGACGCGGCCAGAGUGUGGGAGGCAGACUCUGCAGGAACUGCUCAUCAGACCGGUCCAGAGGCUGCCAAGCGUCAUCCUCCUCCUCAAUGACAUCAUGAAGAACACUCUUCCCAGGAGUCCUGACUACCGGAAACUGGAGGAGGCGAUCGGCAAAGUGAAAGGCAUAUUGACGCAUAUCAAUGAAGACAAGCGCAAGACCGAGAACCAGGUGGCAAUGUUUGACAUUAUGAAGGACAUCGACAACUGCCCCGCCACUCUCCUCUCCUCUCAUCGCAGCUUCGUCGACAAGAUCGACGUGCUGGAACUGUCCGACACGCUGUCAGGUCGCAGCGACCCUCUCUCGAUAUUCCUUUUUACAGACAGCAUUGAGAUCUGUAAAAGGAGAACCAAAGUGCUAAACUCCUCCAAAAGCCCAGCUGUACAUAAGACCCCCCAGAAAGCCUACAAGCAUCUGGAGAUGAUUCCAUUGUGCAGCAUCAAACGAGUGCUAGAUGUCGCCGAGUCCGAGGAUUGUCAAGGAGCUUUCGGGCUCAUCUGUCGGAACAACAAGGAGUUCAAGGAGAAGCUGUACAGCUUCAUGUUAGACACGGAGGACGUCUCCAAAACCGACAUCCUCACAGUGAUGUGCAAGAGUCUCGCCAACAUCCUUUGCCGCACAGAUCAUGAAAACCUGUUGGCCGUGGUCAAAGGAGAUGAGCACUGUAUAAACACCAAAGAUCUGAACAGUCGCAUCAGUAAAGCUUUCAAGUUUGGAAAGCGUGUCAGUCGAGCGUUUUCUUUCAACAAGACGCCCAGCAAGUUAAAGCGUGCCAUCUCUAGUGUGGCCCAUGGUUUCAGCAGUCCUUUCGUGCGGGACAGCUAUGGUCCGGGAGAGUUGAGUGGUCGGCGUUUAGCAAGCACGUUUGAUUUAACAGAGUCCUCGCCUCUAACGACAAUGUCACACAUAGACAACAGUGAUUCGAUAAGUCUGGGAGCUUUCUCUCUCCAGGAGGAGAGCUCCCCCAUACACUUCCCCUCCACACCAUCAUCGAAGCGACUGACGAAAUAUACAACGUUAGGGUCCAGUUCAGCAAAGAAAUACCUAUAAUUAAUCACAGACAAGACCUGUCACAUGUUGUAGCAGUAAUCAAAUCUUCAGCAGAUCUUGGUCCAGAUGUGUCAAGUGCCCAGCAGAUCUUGGUCCCGGUGUGUCAAGUGUCCAGCAGAUCUUGGUCCCGAUGUGUCAAGUGUCCAGCAGAUCUUGGUCCCGAUGUGUCAAGUGUCCAGCAGAUCUUGGUCCAGAUGUGUCAAGUGUCCAGCAGAUCUUGGUCCAGAUGUGUCAAGUGUCCAGCAGAUCUUGGUCCAGAUGUGUCAAGUGUCCAGCAGAUCUUGGUCCAGAUGUGUCAAGUGUCCAGCAGAUCUUGGUCCCGGUGUGUCAAGUGUCCAGCAGAUCUUGGUCCCGGUGUGUCAAGUGUCCAGCAGAUCUUGGUCCAGAUGUGUCAAGUGUCCAGCAGAUCUUGGUCCCGAUGUGUCAAGUCACCAGCAGAUCUUGGUCCCCGUGUGUCAAGUGUCCAGCAGAUCUUGGUCCCGAUGUGUCAAGUGUCCAGCAGAUCUUGGUCCCAAUGUGUCAAGUGUCCAGCAGAUCUUGGUCCCGGUGUGUCAAGUGUCCAGUAGAUCUUGGUCCCGAUGUGUCAAGUGUCCAGCAGAUCUUGGUCCCGAUGUGUCAAGUGUCCAGUAGAUCUUGGUCCUGAUGUGUCAAGUGUCCAGCAGAUCUUGGUCCCGAUGUGUCAAGUGUCCAGUAGAUCUUGGUCCCGAUGUGUCAAGUGUCCAGCAGAUCUUGGUCCCGAUGUGUCAAGUGUCCAGCAGAUCUUGGUCCAGAUGUGUCAAGUGUCCAGCAGAUCUUGGUCCCAAUGUGUCAAGUGUCCAGCAGAUCUUGGUCCCGGUGUGUCAAGUGUCCAGUAGAUCUUGGUCCCGAUGUGUCAAGUGUCCAGCAGAUCUUGGUCCCGAUGUGUCAAGUGUCCAGUAGAUCUUGGUCCUGAUGUGUCAAGUGUCCAGCAGAUCUUGGUCCCGAUGUGUCAAGUGUCCAGCAGAUCUUGGUCCCGAUGUGUCAAGUGUCCAGUAGAUCUUGGUCCCGAUGUGUCAAGUGUCCAGCAGAUCUUGGUACAGGUGUGUCAAGUCACCAGCAGAUCUUGAUACAGAUGAUGUGUCAAAUCAAGAAAUCCCCGAUCAGCUGGUCCACUCACUUACCAAGGUGUCCAUUGACAGCAUCGAUUCCUGAUGCCAUCCUGAUUUCUUGGCUUAUUCAGGAUUGGAGUUCCUGAUGUGAUUACAAAAAAAGAUCACGCUGAUCCGCUAGACCAUCUGAAAGAGUUAACCUGCUUGUGUAUUUAUUGUAAUCGAGUGUGUUCCAUAUCUGCCAACCGUUACCUGUUUUUUCUCUCCAAAUACCAAAAUACAUUACUAAAUAAUUGGCACACAUAAUAUUUCAUAUCUCAUAUUUCAUUGAUUUUAAAAUUUGAGAUGUCAAAUCAAAUGUAGAUUGUACAAACUUCCAAACAUUGAGUCUGUGAUUGGGGGUUUAUUUGAGCUGAACAGAGUAUAUAUAUUUUUGUAUGGUGUGUGAGAAUGUAAGAGUGUGUGUGUAAAUAUUAGCGGAGUGUAUUAUAUGUACAGAGUAUGAGAUAGUGGGUCCCGCUAUACAACCCAAUAGUGCUGCAUAGAGGUACAUAUCCCAGCUGCGUCAUCACAUCCAUCACACUGAUCAAACUUGUCGCAUAAUAUCAGUGAAUACUUCCUCAUCACCAUUAUUUAUUAUAGCAGAAUCAUUGCACCAUCACUGAAAGCUCGGAAAAGUGCCGAGUUGACAGUUUAGCUAAGGCUGAACCAGUUCACCGAUGCACAGCUCCUUGUAAUUUUAAACAGGAAUGUUAUUUCAUAAAAAUGUUUGACCUGUGUCACUAAAUGUUCCACAUUCUGAUCAACAUUCUAGCUUUACUAUCUCAGUUUGAUGUCUUAAAAUAAUAUGCAUAUUUGACGUCACUAAACGUUUAGAAAAAUCCAACCUUUUUGUCCAGUGUAUAUUAAACAUAUAAAUAAAGUAAAAUGAAAUAGUUUCCUUACCUCAAAAGUUAUGCCAUGCCAUUAACUAUAGAAAUAUGAAGGAAUUGGUGGCUCUUAACUUUUUGUGUGGGGUAUAUAUAGAACAAAAAUGACGAAAUGAAAGAAUUAUCCAGACCUCGGUGAACUGGUUCCUUAUAAGUGUAGUACCUUAUAUCCAAAUAGCCAUGCAGUACUGUAGAUAGCAGUAUCAUCUUCACAGUUAAAUAGCCACACCUAGAACGCUUGAGUGAAGUGUUGGUAUAAUAUGUAUUAUAGCCUGUGUAUAAUUGUGUUAGCACCAUGUUAUGAACGUCAUAUAUCUUUCUAGAACCAGUGUGUACUUGUGUUAACACCAAGUGUAUAAUCAUUAUAUCUCCACAUAACCCAGUGUGUGCUAGUGUCCCUACCAGUGUUGUAAACAAGUGUUUGUGUCAUUGCAUGGUCCUCAUUCACUGUGCUGACUGGGAGGCCACGUAUGCCUGUAUUCACUGUGUGUCCAUGGUGCUGUUGGAAUGGAGAGUUGUCAUGGAGACCAUUUCUCCGGUUCUGUAUGGUAUACAGAAUAAAUGUUGAGUUUUACAAUCUA